UUUCGUCGAAAGAAAAUGAUAAGAUUUCCCAUGAAGAAUUGUUCCACUUUCAAGUCAAACACUGCAGUGUUACCCGGAGUGUUCAAGAUACCAGCGAAUAGAGUUCUAUCAAGCAAUAGGCAUCAUCCAAAGAUACGAUUCAUUCAGGCUCUUCCAUCAUACUUGGGCUUCCCCAAUCAAUCAAGACGCUAUAUGGACGAAGGGGACGUGUCAGGAAAAACUUCACCUCCUCUGAUAAGUGCAUGCGCAACUGGUGUAAUUCAAUACCCGCUGUAUCUACAGUAUCCCCAUGAAUCAUGUCCAGCAGCUGCAUCGCUUAUCAAUUCUCAGGUAACUAUCAACUCCAAAGAACAACGCGAGACGAGACGAGAGAAGCCGCGAUGCAAUAUCUGCAAAAGAGAUUUCUCUCGUAAAUCAUCAUUGAUUGUCCACAUGAGGAAACACAAUGGUGAAAAACCGUACAAGUGUACACACUGUCCAAAAGCUUUCACCCAAUCAGCAAACUUAAUAACACACGUGCGAACUCACACAGGAGAGAAACCAUACGCAUGCUCUGUGUGCGGAAAGUGCUUCUCCCAGUCCUCUUCUGUCACCACGCACAUGCGCACUCACACCGGGGAGCGACCUUUCAGGUGUGCAGACUGUGGGAUGGCAUUCGCUGAAAGAUCAACCCUUUCAAAGCAUUUUCGUGUUCACAACAGAAAACGUAAUUUGAAGGCCAUUUCAAAGCAAGGUAACUAAUCAGCUGUGAGACAUGUGACUAGUCAUAUGACUCGUCACUUUCUUCUUCUCAGCGAGCGGGGUGAGAAUGUCAACCACGGGAAAAAAAAGUGAUGUUGAGGAGAAAGACGUGAGAACGAAUAUCAAUCUUGACUUAGAAUGCUUCUCCUAAAAAUAUAAUUUGGUAUUUUAU